AACAAAGUACAUCAUGGCUUCUGCUGCGGGGGUUACUUCCAAAAUGUCGAAUCUAGAACUAAAUAAUUCGAAGGAAACGUCAACGUAUGAGUUAUCAAUUUCUUGCAAAGGUCUGAAAGAUGCUGACAUUUUCUCAAAAUCUGAUCCGAUGGUCGUGAUGUAUGUAGAAGCAUUGAGCUGUGAAGAAAGAUGGAGAGAGUUAGGACGGACAGAAGAAAUUCAAAACACUUUAAAUCCCCAAUUUACGAGAAAAUUCAGCAUUGAUCAUUAUUUCGACGAAAUCCAGAAUUUGAGAUUUGAAGUAUACGACAUAGACAAAAAAAGUCAUGACCUAAAAGAUCAUGAUUUUCUAGGUUGGGCAGAGUGCAAACUUGCAGCUAUCAUACGAGCAAAAAGAUAUGAAACCCCGCUAUAUUUAAAAAAGAAAGAAACGCCUUUACUUCAACAGAAAAAGAAAGGAAAAAUUAUCAUAGUUGCAGAAGAGCUCUGCGCCUCCAAGCAGUGGCUAAGCAUGAAAUGGGAAGGGAGAAAACUAGACAGAAAAGAUGUUUUUGGUUCAUCCGACCCUUUCAUGGUUUUUUCUCGAUGUAAUGAAGAUGGAAGUUUUACCGUAUGCCACAAGACUGAGGUGAUAAAAAAUAACUUGAACCCUGAGUGGGAAGAAUUCGAAAUAUCUGUUGGCACUUUAUGCGGCAAUAAUCCCGACAGAAAAAUCAAAAUAGAAGUACUUGACUGGAAUCGUAAUGGAAGCCACAGUCUUAUCGGAGUAUUCACAACGUGUUUGAAAGAACUCAAAGCCAAACAUAGAAAAUACGAGUUAUUUUCCAAGAAAAAAAAGAGUUCUGGCACCCUUGAAUUGGAAUGCAAAACAGUCGACAAAGAGACGUUUGCCGACUACAUCAAAGAUGGCGUCGAGUUGAGUUGCGUUGUUGCAAUUGAUUUCUCUUUUGUACACACUGAUCCAGAUGAUAAACCAAAAUAUGGACUCGCAAUCAAGGCUGUCGGUGAGGUGAUUCAAGAGUACGAUACGGAUCAAGUAUUUUCAGCGUACGGUUUUGGAGCCAAUGUGAAAGAACCCAAGGAAGAUUUUAAUACAGAUACAUUUUCACUGAAUUUGAAUUCACAAUUCCCGGACUGCACUAAAGUGGAAGGAAUUAUUGAAGCAUUCAAAAGCUGCUUAGAGAAAGUGGAGGCAAAAAUAAAAAGCAAAGCAAAUUUUGCUCCUAUAAUAAAAAAGAUAUCAGAAAUGGCAUCUAAGAAAGUUGGAAGACUCGUGGAAUAUUUCGUGCUCUUGAUUGUUACAAAUGGGAACAUAUCCGACAUGGAUGAUACAAAAGAAGCUAUUGUAAAGGCAGCCACAUUGCCAAUGUCUAUUGUGAUUGUUGGAAUCGGAGGUGGCGAUUUUGAAGGCAUGGAAGAACUUGAUGGUGACGUGGUGAGGUUGUUUUAUAUCGAUGGCAAGGUAAAAAAGGAGGCCAAAAGAGAUAUUGUACAGUUUGUUCCUUUUCGAGAUUUUUCUGACAGUAAUAAAUACGAAGUGCUAAGCAUGCAAAGAUUGAGAAAAGAAGUUCUCCAGGAAAUUCCGGAUCAAUUCCUAGAGUAUGUUACUUUAUCAACGAAAAAAAGAUCGGAGUCACAAAGUUCGACGAAAAGUAUUAAGAAGAAAAAGUAAAAUUGGGAACUGGAAACAAAAGAAAAUUAUUUGAGCAACAGAAAAAAGAUAUGUUGGUUUAAUAGGCAUUUGUUCGGGAGGUAAUACUGAGAGGAUUUAAUUUAAAUUUAACUUUUGGAAACAAAAGCCUAGCUCAAUUUCAAUACAUGAAAUACAAUAUUAAAUUGAUGAUUGAAAAUUGGACAUUCAAUUUCAUUUCACCCAAAUGUAGAUCGACUAACCAAAUUGUUAAUGAGCUUUUGCUUAUCUUGAAGUAGUGUGACAACAGCGAGUAGGGCGAAAUCUAUCGUAAUCGGAGUAAUAGCACAAUAUAUUCCUAUGGCAAGAUUCCUAUCUCAAAAUGAGUUACUGAAAGAGGAAUAAUAACGGACCACCAGCGUGAACAUUGACUCUACUAAGAUGUCAGUACAUAUUUUGCCAUAGCGAUUUUGAAGUUACAGUUAAUAAAAUUAUUGUUAUCAUGAUUAUCGAGCUUAAUGGAUAUAUAGCGCAUUGAUGAUUCUUAGCCACCUGUUAUUAAUACCGGUAAAAAUACCGGUACUAACCGGUAACUCUUUGGAAAAUAAAAUAAGCAUUUAGUUUUUUGAUUUGACCCUAAAUCAUUGACGCACUGCAUUUUAUUUGCGAUCCAAUACGGAAAAUAGUAUUUUUUAAUUUAGAUUAUCAGUUAUGUAGAGC